AUGGACCCUAGACAAUCGCUGUCGCGGACGACGUCGUCCAACGUUGGGACGCCUCAAAAUACAUACAAUCCAAACAACAUGGCCUCGGCGUAUGCCAUGCCUCCGUACCAGAACAACACUCACCUCCCGCCCAUCAACUACUCUCAGUUGCCCCCGGCGAACCAAAGUUACAUGCAGCAGCAGUACCGCAAUGACUUGCCGCGAUACACUUCUGCCCCCAACACGGCGCCGGUUGCCUCUCCGGCACCGGACAAUCGAUACAAUUCGCACAUGAACCCACAAGGCAACAUGGCCGGUCUGCCUCCGUCUUCCUUGCUUCCCCAGCCGCAGAGCCAGCAGCAGCAGCAACAGCAGCAGCAGGCACAACAGGCGCAACAGCAACAACAGCAGCAGCAACAACAGCAGCCGCCUCACCAGGGCUAUCAAGGACAACAGCCGGCGCGCCAGACAUACCCUCAGCCUCUCGCUCCUGCACCUCCUCGCCCCAGCCUCGAUGCCCUUGCUCCCGCUUACGGCCAGCCUGACAAUCGUCAACAGGCAUGGUCUGGCGCUGAGUCGAUACCCAGCAUGGCGGCCGAUGUUGGCCGAGACCCUACAAGAACACACGUGGUGGGAUCCCAAGGCAGAAGAGGCAUUUUGCCCAGCGCACCUGGUCGGCCACCUGUCAUGCCCAACGGGGUCAAUGGAUCCCCCAAGAGCGCGGUCCCCCAGAAGGACGCUGAUGGCAAAUUUCCAUGCCCAAAUUGUACCAAAACUUACCUGCAUGCCAAACAUUUGAAGCGCCACAUGUUGAGACACACCGGUGACCGACCGUACAUGUGUGUUCUGUGCAAUGAUACGUUCUCCAGGAGUGAUAUCCUGAAGCGUCACUUCCAAAAAUGCUCGGUUAGACGUGGCAAUCCUACUGGUGCGAGUCAUUUGUCCAACCCCGCUGCGCACAUCAAGAAGAACCAGCAGGCGGCUGCGAAAGCUGCCACCGCGUCGCCAGCGAGCGCGAACACGCCGUCCAGUGGAGUAAUGCCCAAUCCUCCGUACACCUCGGCGCCUAUGAGCAGCACAUCUGCGCCAGCAACCAGUGCUCCAGCCCCUGGAAUGGGCUAUGCCAUCCAGUCCAAUGGCCAGGCAGAUAUGCAACGUCAAGCCCAGUCGAUGCAACCAGGUUCCGGCCCGGGGCCCAUGGAUCCUACCGGCAACAGCUCGUGGUCGAUGCAUAACCCGAGGAACAGUCAAAUGAUGUAUCAUUCGACCUCGACUCCUUCCGACCACUAUGGCAUGCAGCCCAGCGGGGGGGACGACAAGCGCAAUGUCAUGCCCCAGCCUCACCACAUGGGGGAUGAGUGGAAUCACAUGUUCCAGCCUGGCGGCAACGAACAGUACAUGAACCCCAUGUUUGGAGGAUAUGACCAAUCUCAGAAUGACGUGAAGAAAGAUUUUGAUACUCAUGAAGGUGGAUCGAAUGGUUACUACAUUCCCUCUACGAGCCUUGGAGCUGAUGGUACGCUUGGACCCCCUCUCUGGAAUCUGCAUGCAUCUCAGCAAGACUUGUUCCAAGCCAAGGUGAACUCACUAUUAACGUUUGUUUUCCCCGGUGGAAUACAGGAAUCGCUCCAAGAGCAACAAAAUAAUCCCAACAUAUCAUCCUGCCUAACGGUCGAAGCCGUCCAGCAUUUUCUCGAGCUCUUCCCAAACUACCAGGGUCACUUCCCUUGGCUCCAUCUGCCAACUUUCGACUUCUUGACCGCUUAUGAUGGCCUCAUUCUGGUGAUGAUUUGUAGUGGGGCGGUCUACUCUGACCGCGUCUCCCAGAGCCAGGUUCGAGCUCUCAUGCAGCUAGUGAAACAAGGCAUUGAACGACAUUCGCAGAUUCUCAAGGCUCUGGAGUUAGGGUCUGCACCGACGCACUUUUCACCGUCAGGGGUGGAGUUCGAAGAGCUUCUUGCACUACAAAUUCUGCAGAGCUUGUUUGUCUGGCACGGAGGCCCAGAGGAACGAGCCCUUGCACGCGCGGAAAGUCGCCGGGUGCUGUACCUGGCCCGACAGUUCAAUAUGUUGACUCUAGCGGGUCCAGACGACCCCCACACCUACAGUUAUCUUCACAGUCUUCAACCGGGUGAGGAGGCCGAUCCUUCUUUGUGGGAAUGGCGCUCAUGGGUGGCUCAAGAAAAGCGAUCUCGUCUCAUGUUCAUGGUUUAUCUGUGGGAUGCAGCAAUGUGUAUCUACUUCAACAUGGCGCCCCAGUUUCAUUCCGCCGAGAUCAAGCUCCCUCUCCCCUGCGAUGAUGCGGCGUGGGAAGCCCCGGACGCCGAGACCUGCGCUCAGGCACUGGGCCUACGAGGCCCGAGUGCGCAGUCGAGGAUCAAUACCAGCGGCUCACUCAGACUCAAGCAACUAGAAAUGCACCAUGCAAUGAGUGCUUUACAUAGCACGUCGGUACUCAUGCAGCCACGCACUACCAAUGUCUACUCGAAGUUUAUUUUGAUUCAUGCGCUUCAUGUGGAAAUCUGGCAAGUUCAACGUCAGCGAUCGUCGAACUAUCAAUCAGGCACCACACCCGCUUUCAACCAGACAGACAGUAUGUACCAAUCCGUCGACCUCGCACUUACGCGAUGGAAACAGGCCUGGGACGAGGACUUCGCCCUUCAAUAUCCACCAGGCGACGGGUUUCACUCAGUUCCGAAGCGGCUCGGUUUCUGCCGUGAUGGUGUGCUUUUCUAUUGGCUUGCCCGUGCCUUUAUGCAACCCGACCGAAUGCAUGACUGGCAGCUGCCUGCCGACGAGCGACUCCGCCAAGUUCUUUAUGGACUCAAAAAGGCGCGGGAAUGGAGCAGCACCGACUCCGCGAGACGGGGCGAGGAGCCUGGGAGCGUAGCCUUCAUAGACGAUGGAUAUGCUUCUGCAGAGCUUGAGCUUGACAUGAGAAGGCUCUUUCGGCCGUUACACACGGUCUCGGACGAAUCAACCGUCGCCAUUCAAUCGUAA